GUAGUGGAUGUUGAGCUCCACCGACAUUCUCUUGGAGAAGACUCCAUUUAUCCUCAGUCUUCCGAGUCAGACAUCUCUGAUGCCCCACCAUCUUUGCCUUUGACCAUUCCAGCCCCAGUGAAAGCUUCCUCACCGAUAAAGCAGUCACAUGAGCCAGUACCUGAUACUUGUGUGGAGAAAGGAUUCCCAGCCAACACUGAAGCUGAGAGACACACUACAUUUUAUUCUUUGCCGUCUUCAUUGGAACGGACGCCCACCAAAAUGACAACAUCCCAGAAAGUUACCUUUUGUUCUCAUGGCAAUUCAGCUUUUCAGCCAAUAGCAUCAAGCUGCAAAAUUGUGCCACAAAGUCAGAUUCCUAAUCCUGAGUCACCUGGAAAGUCCUUCCAACCCAUCACCAUGAGCUGCAAGAUUGUUUCAGGUUCCCCCAUAUCAACUCCAAGUCCAUCACCGCUGCCUCGAACCCCAACUUCCACUCCAGUCCAUGUGAAGCAAGGCACUGCCAGCUCUGUCAUUAAUAAUCCCUAUGUUAUCCUGGACAAGCCAGGGCAGGUUAUUGGAGCCACCACUCCCACUACAGGAAGUCCUACAAACAAGCUCUCUACUGCUUCUCAGGCCUCCCAAGGAACAGGUUCCCCUAUUCCUAAAAUUCAUGGAAGCAGUUUUGUAACAUCUACUGUCAAGCAGGAGGAUUCUUUGUUUGCAUCUAUGCCACCUCUUUGUCCAAUUGGGAGUCACCCUAAGGUUCAGAGUCCCAAGCCUAUAACUGGAGGACUUGGAGCUUUCACAAAAGUAAUCAUCAAACAGGAACCUGGUGAAGCCUCUCAUGUGCCUGCAACAGGGGCUGCCAGCCAGUCACCACUCCCUCAGUAUGUGACUGUGAAAGGGGGUCACAUGAUAGCUGUGUCCCCUCAAAAACAGGUCCUAACUGCUGGAGAAGGGACAUCCCAGUCACCAAAGAUCCAGCCCUCCAAGGUCGUUGGGGUGCCAGUUGGGUCCACUUUACCUUCAGCAGUGAAACAGGCUGUAGCAAUCAGUGGCGGCCAAAUCCUUGUAGCCAAGGCCAGCUCUUCUGUUGCCAAAGCUGUUGGUCCAAAGCAAGUUGUGACCCAAGGAGUUGCCAAAGCAAUUGUGAGCGGAGGUGGAGGCACCAUUGUUGCUCAGCCGGUGCAAGCCUUAACCAAGGCUCAGGUCACUGCCGCCGGCCCUCAGAAGAGUGGAUCCCAGGGUUCAGUAAUGGCAACAUUACAGCUACCAGCCACUAAUCUGGCCAACUUGGCAAAUUUGCCUCCUGGCACCAAACUCUACCUUACAACGAACAGCAAGAACCCUUCAGGAAAAGGAAAACUGCUGCUGAUCCCUCAAGGAGCCAUCCUACGAGCUACCAACAAUGCUAACCUCCAGUCUGGCUCAGCUGCGGGCAGUGGUAGUGGCGGAGGCAGCGGUGGCAGCGGCAGUGGCAGCGGAGGUGGAGGAGGAGGAACAGGAGGAACUCAGAGCCCUGCAGGCCCUGGAGGGAUAUCCCAGCACCUGACUUACACAUCUUAUAUCCUAAAGCAAACGCCUCAGGGCACAUUUUUAGUUGGUCAGCCAUCACCCCAGACAUCUGGAAAACAGCUGACUACUGGGUCAAUGGUCCAAGGAACGCUGGGAGUCAGCACAUCUUCUCCACAAGGGCAACAAACAUUAAAAGUCAUCUCUGGACAAAAAACCACUUUGUUUACCCAGGCAGCCCCUGGGGGACAGGCAUCACUAAUGAAAAUAUCUGAUAGCACACUGAAGUCUGUACCAGCCACUUCACAACUCUCAAAGCCUGGAACCACAAUGCUGAGAGUGGCAGGAGGGGUUAUCACAACCGCCACUUCCCCAGCUGUGACCCUCUCAGCAAACGGUCCUGCACAGCCGUCAGAAGGAGCAGUUCCCAGUUCAUCAUCUGCUGUAGGCCCUGUAAUGAAAACUUCUGGGCAGCAGCCAGUGUGUGUGAGCCAGGCCCCCGUGGGAACCUGCAAGCCUGCUGCUCCCUCUGUCAUCAGUGCCACGUCCCUGGUGCCCACACCAAACACAAUCUCUGGAAAAGCCACCGUAUCAGGAUUGCUAAAGAUUCACUCCAGCCAAUCCAAUCCCCAGCAGGCUGUCCUGACGAUCCCCAGCCAGCUCAAGCCACUCAGUGUAAAUACAUCUGGAGGUGUACAGACCAUACUGAUGCCUGUGAAUAAAGUGGUUCAGUCAUUUUCUGCCAACAAAUCACCUGCCAUUCUGCCUGUAGCUUCCCCAAACCCAGUUGUCCCCAGCUCUGCUCCAGCAGCUGUUACAAAAG